CAAGACACUUCCGUCUUUUAAAAUUGACAAUUGAUUUAAGCAGAAUUUAGUUCCGGAGAUCUCAAUGGAUCUGAAGUGAGAUAACGCGCGUCUUAUCCGAACCUAAAUCACAAAUGUAAAUAUGUCAACUUAGUUAGCGUCUGUUUCAAAUGUUAAACUGUUUUUUCGUGUGCCCUGGAGCGUGACAAGUUGACACAAACUGUUUAUCAUUUGCAAAAAGUUUUCAUUCAAAGUUCAUUGUAACGGCAGAAACUGUGGAGUAAUUUAAGUAGACAAAGCAGGGGAUGAUAAGGAAAAGCUUCUUAAAAGGAAGCUUGACAGAAUGACGAUGUUACUGUUAGUUGGGUCACUGCUAGUGACGCUGUGUGCAUCGGCAUCCGUGCCUUCCAGCGAAAUACUGAUCGACGCAACCGUCACUUGUGGAACUACCAGAACCGUAGCAAAAGAAGGCACCUCUAUCUUAAUAGGCACCGGAAAUUCCUCGUUCGCCGACUGUUCUUUCAUUUUCACGGCUGACGGUGUACAAGGGUGUGCACCAACAGCCCUUUGUUACAUGUUUGAUAUGUACGCCUUCUUUGCGAACCCUAAAGCUAGUCUAUCAAUUGAAAGUGGAACUGAAGUAUUGAAAUAUGAUGAUUCACUGAAAAUACCACGUGGACCAGUAUGCACAGAGCACCAGAAACUUACCGCCGUAAUGACCGAGGAAGCCGGUUAUGAAUUUGACCCUCUUAAACCGGAAGAGGCCUAUAGAUUCAGACUGUCUGUUUACAACAGAUGCGGCUCAAAAGGGCAGGUCAAAAAUAUAGAAUUUGAGGAGGCUGUCAAAAAAGUUAGCGGGUAUCAUCCGAAAGGAGAGAGAGAGGAACGUGAACAUAACACAUUUGUUACUGGAAUCGUUCUCGGGUUCGGACUCGCCUGUAUCUUCCUUGUAGUGCUGUUUGCUGGAUACUGUUACACCAGGAACAGUCCCAACCGUCCACCCGGCAGAAGUGUUGGUAUGCCUAAAGGUAAAGAAGAUAUUGCAAUGACGAGUACUUCCGGUAAAAUGUAAAAUAAAAAAACGGACAGGUA